AUGGCAGCCACAGACGUUGAUGCCACCGUCGAGCGGGCCUUGGACGCAUCAAAGGUCGGACACAAGCUCAAGGCGGUGUCGGUCGGGGGCGUGCAACGGUACAUUCUCAAAGCUGGCUAUGUUACCAAGCUGGGUCAGAUGGUGAAAAACUGGAAAACGCGCUGGCUCGUCCUCUUAGACAACGGUCAAAUGUACUACUACAAGCGUGAAGUACCUGUAGGGCAGGAAAAGCCGCAGGGCGAGCUUGACGUGACCCGGGAUUGCGUGGGCAUUCUCACCGGUUCGCAAGUGCACGACCAAGACCUUGUGCGCUGGCCUGAGGAUACACCACCCAACUGCGGCUUUGCGCUUAAAAUGCGAAGUGGCCGGACCUUCUUCAUGGCCUGCGAAUCCUGGCGCGAAGCCGAACGCUGGAUCGCCAGCAUAGCAGGUGUGGCUCCCAAUGUACGCUAUGAAGAUGGUGGUGAUGCCGUUCGUGCCAUCAUGCAGUCUCGGCCCUCCGUGCGCCGCCCUGGCGAAAAUAAAUCCCACGUUGACUUGAUUCCCGAUGAAACGAAGACAGAAGUGGAUCAGGAUGGCAACCGCGUGUGUUAUGUGCACAAGGUUGUGGGUGGUAUGGUAAUCAAGGAGAAGCACGUGAUUGAGAAGAGCUGAUCCAUGCAAACGCCAAUCCCGCCCUCUUGCUUCCUGUCGUACGGGUCGCGUCUGGGCAAAACCUGACUGGGUCUAAACGUGCUGUUGACAUGGUUCAUGCUUUGCUGUUUAUACAGCCCACCUCGCCUGGUUCUUACUUUCCACAAACUCAGUUGUGCACCAAAGAUAUACACACAUACAUGGUACACGAAAUUCAAGUCAUAGGGCUUCGCCUUGCAAGUUC